GUAACCGUUAGUGAGCUGUUCAGGUGGACGGGUGAGUUUAGGUUUAGGUUAGUUACAGUACUAACUGUGUCCAGGUUAGAUGUUCUGAUUCUAGCUUAGCUGUAGGAGUCACUUAUAUAACUGUAAAAUUACGUUUGGAUCCGGAGGACGUCAUAAAUCAAGUGUGUGGGCAUGGCUCUGGCGUCUCCGUGCGGGCUCCUGUCCGAUGAGGACGAGUGCGGGGCUGUUUUUGAGUCCACAGCUGCUGAUAUUGGAGCUGUGGUGAGAUCUCAGCGCUUUGUGUCUGUUCUGCCGGAGAUCUCCGUCAUCAGCCCUGCUGCAGACCCCCGUACACCCACUCAAGAGAUCACGACUGAUGUCAGUAGAAGAGGCAGCGCUGAUGAUGGCUCAGAGAAGCUGAAGGUUUUCCUGCGGAUCCGUCCUCUUACUGAAGCAGAGCAAGAGCGGGGAGAGGAGCAGGGUUGUGUAAAUGUGCAGUCUGAGGACAAUCUGCUUCUCCGAGCGCCCAAAGACUCCCACAACAUGAAGAGUGCCGAGAGAGGCGUCGCUCAAAGCCUGCACAAGUUCACCUUCACAAAGAUUUUUGGAGCGCAGAGCUCUCAGCAGGAGGUCUACGAUCACACCAUACGGGAGAUGGUGCGAGACGUUCUGCGAGGAGAAAACCGGCUCCUCUACACUUACGGCGUGACCAACUCGGGCAAAACCUACACCAUACAGGGUGCGGGUGGAGAGGCGGGUCUGCUGCCGCGAGCGUUAGUCUCUGUGUUCCUGAAGCUGUCUGGACGACUGUACUCUGCCAUGGACCUCAAGCCUGUACUGAGUCAGGAGGUCCGUAAACUGGACACGGGAGAGGUCCGUGCUGAGGAGAUGCGGCGUGACGCUUUGCUGAGAGAGGUGGAAAGCACAGGUGGAGCUCAGUCCAGGCUGCGAGCGGGUUUGUCCUGGGACAGUGGUAUCAGCGGACUCUCAGCAGCCAGUCACAUCGCAACACAGCUGGAGGGGCAAAAUAUAACAAUGUGUUUUCUUGACAUUUCUAGCCAUAGUAUCUUUACUAUCCGUGUUCUACAUGUCAAGCCACAAGCAGAGCUGGGACAGGUGACCAGAAUCGGCGAGCUCUCUGUGUGUGAUUUGGCGGGGUCUGAGCGCUGUAAAGCCCAGCAGAACGGCGAGCGAAUGAAGGAGGCGAACAACAUCAACACCUCUCUGCUGACGCUGGGGCGCUGCAUCACUGCUCUGAGACACAACCAGACCAAUAAGUCUCGGCCUCCGCUGGUCGUUCCGUUCAGAGACAGCAAGUUAACCAGGGUCCUGCAGAGCUUCUUCUGUGGUCACGGCCGCUCCUGCAUGCUGGUCAACAUUAACCCCUGUGCCUCCACCUACGACGAGACGCUGCAAGCGCUCAAGUUCUCUGCCAUCGCCACACAGCUGGUGCACGGGCCGUGCAGUAAGACGCGGGUGGCUUAUAUUCUGUCGCUGCUUCGUGAGCCGCCAGCGCAUCUCAACAACACCACUCUACUGGAGGAGGAGGAGGAGAGCGAUGAGGAAGGAGACAUCACCAUGUUUGAUCCUGAAGCGCUGCUGAAGGCCAUCGAUGUUCUGAAGCGUGAAGUGCUGCGUCAGCGGCAGGAGAAAGAGGAGCUGGAGGCCACGGUUCGAGAGCAGGUCUGCGCUGAGAUGAUGGAGGUCAUCAGCCGCAUGCAGGACGACUUCAGCGAGAUGCUGGAAACCGAGAGGGAUCUGAUGGAGAAGAGAUGUGAGAACAAACUCAACAACUUGAAGAGCAGCCUGAAGAAAUAUUACAGCCAGGAGCUAGAGGAGCGAGACGAAGAGAUCCGAGAGCUUGCUGCAGCUCUGAAGGAGAACGAAGAGGGUCACAUCGCCCCAGCUCCCAUUUUCCCGCCUCUGAGUGACGUCAGCGGUCCACGGCGGUCACGGCGCUUGGCUUCCACACACAAGCGAGACGCGGAUCACGAGAGCGUGGAGCUGACGCAGUGUAAAGCCGAGCUGGAGCAGUGCAAAGCUGAGCUGGACCUCAAACACACAGAACUGCGCCUGAAAACUCUGGAACUGAAGCGUCUCCAGGAGAACCUGCCAGUGACGGGCACCACAGGAACCCUGACAACUACAGCCGAGCGCAAACUGCAGGAGGGCCAGCGGAACCUGAAGCAGCUGCGGAUGGAGCUCCAGAUGCUGGGCGUGAAGCUGCAGUCUGGAGAACGAGCGUGCUGCCGCAACACCGACGGAGAGAGGCUCCGAAACGCACUCUUCUCCGCAGACGGCAAACUCGCCAAACAGGACCAGAUGCUGGUGGAGCUGCACACUAGCCUGCAGCUGGUCAGAGCAGACCUGCGCAAGAAAGACGAGCUGCUGGCACAGCUACAGCGCAGCCAGCCGCCUCCAGCGUCCAGCUCCUGCAAGAAGAGGGGCUGCGGCGUGGCUGUGGCUUAUGUGGAGAACCAGCCUCCUGAGAAGCGCCCCUUCUUCCGCUCAUUCUUCCCCUCGCGACAGAGGCCUGAGGCGGGCACACCGUAUACCCGAGUGUUGCGCUCGCGCCAGCCGUCCCCUCCAUCCACUCCCAUACAGCUCCGAGUCAAAUAUUAGGAGCUCAGUAGUGGACACAGACAAGAGCUUUUAUGUCUUGCAGUUUUUAUAUUUCUGUCUUAUAAUCAGGUGGCCGUUUGACACAUGAGUGGGCCUUAUUUUGAUGGGA